GUAUCUGACGUUAUAAUUAAUUGGUAGCUGUUUACACGGAGAUCCAUUGUCUGCUCGGGUCGGAAUCUAGAAAAGCGGCACAGUUCUCCGAAGGGACCAGGUGGUAGGGCAUGGAUGGGGCUCUUUGAUGCCGCAUAAUCAAGGAAUUUCGGUGUUUCUAAGUUUAUUGUGGCUUUGUUUGAUAAGUAAGUUGUUCUUUUGCAUUAGCAGAACAACCCUAGGCUCGUAUACUUGUAUGAAUACCAUCGUAAUGUAACUGGUGUAGCAUGUCAGUUUUGCUUACAAAUCCACCUAGAGAUGGAGUUUGGGCCAUCUUUACGUGUGAGAAUUUGUUCAAUUAGCGCUCCAGGGUGCUUGAUUUGCAACUGCGACUGAUGUGCUGAAUUCCGUGGUGCUCGGGGGACUUCCACAGGUUAGACCAAGUUGCUGAUCCUCUCGGUUUUUUUAGUCAUUCUCAAAGCAUAGCUGUGCCUGGAGAGUCAUCUCGGAUUGACGUGACUACAUGGAUCAGAGUAGUAGUGACGAAGAGGCAGAACCGAAUGUUGUAGUAGUUCCAACCCAUGGAGGUCAGUAUGUCAAGUUUACCAAGGAAGGAUUUGAUUUUGAAGUCUCCAGUAGAUACACACCACCAAUUCAACUGCUCGGAUGUGGAGCUUGUGGUCCCGUGUGCUCAAUGAUUGAUUCAAUAACGGGUGAGAAGGUAGCAGUCAAAAAGUUUGUGAAUGGCGUCAACGACCCAGAUUACGCGAAGCGGACCAUUCGUGAAAUUAAACUUCUCAGGCUUAUGAAUCACGAGAACGUACUAAUCAGAAAGAUGAAACUGAACAUUCUGAAUGUAAUAUGUGCAGUGACGUGGGAGGAUAAUGCAAUCUUUUAGUUCUCUCAUACGUGUUUUUGGUGGGAGCAUGACUGCAGCAUGGGGCUGUAAACAUUUUGCUGUAUGUGCUGGUCAUCUAGAAUUGUUCAGUGUCCAUAAGAAUCCGCACGAUCGAUAAUCCGAAUAGAUUUCUCUGUUCUGCAAAAGCCCAAGCACGAAUGACUAGAGUAAGCAUAACUUGAGGUCUGAGUUAUCGAUCAUGGAUAUGUCUGUAUUUGCUACCAUGAACCAGUGGCCACAAGUUGAAUUGUUCCAGUCAAUGCAGAGUUAGACUGGAAAUAGAAGAUUAAAAGUAUUCCUUGUAGUCUUUUUAGAUUGUAAAAAGAUCUCCAGAUUCCCCGUCUAACGCAUGGGAAUGUUUUUAACACGUAUAACCUGGAUGCAGUAUAUCCUAAGUCGAA